UCCGCGCCGCGGUGCCGCAGCCAGUCCGGCGCCGGAAGUGAGCUGUUCUGAGGCGCCGCCGAGAGCUGCCACGUCCGAGGCCGGGAACCGCCACCGCUGCAGCCAUGGUGUCGGUAAUUAACACGGUGGACACCUCCCAUGAGGACAUGAUUCAUGAUGCGCAGAUGGACUACUAUGGCACCCGCCUGGCCACCUGCUCAUCAGACAGGUCCGUCAAAAUCUUCGAUGUGCGCAACGGAGGGCAGAUCCUCAUCGCUGACCUCAGGGGGCAUGAGGGGCCUGUGUGGCAAGUGGCCUGGGCCCACCCCAUGUAUGGCAAUAUUCUGGCAUCCUGCUCCUACGACCGGAAAGUCAUUAUCUGGAAAGAGGAAAAUGGCACCUGGGAGAAGACACACGAGCACACAGGACAUGACUCCUCGGUAAACUCUGUGUGCUGGGCCCCCCAUGACUAUGGCCUGAUCCUGGCCUGUGGGAGCUCGGAUGGGGCCAUCUCCCUGCUGACCUACACUGGAGAGGGCCAGUGGGAAGUGAAGAAGAUCAACAACGCUCACACGAUUGGCUGCAAUGCCGUCAGCUGGGCCCCUGCCGUUGUGCCUGGAAGCCUCAUAGACCAGCCAUCGGGGCAGAAGCCCAACUACAUCAAGAAGUUUGCGUCAGGCGGCUGUGACAACCUCAUCAAGCUGUGGAAGGAAGAGGAAGAUGGCCAGUGGAAAGAGGAGCAGAAGCUGGAAGCACACAGCGACUGGGUUCGGGAUGUGGCCUGGGCCCCCUCCAUCGGCCUGCCCACCAGCACUAUCGCCAGCUGCUCACAGGAUGGUCGUGUCUUUAUCUGGACCUGUGAUGAUGCCUCAGGCAAUACGUGGUGCCCUAAACUGCUGCACAAAUUCAAUGAUGUUGUGUGGCAUGUGAGCUGGUCUAUCACAGCCAAUAUCCUGGCUGUCUCGGGCGGUGACAAUAAGGUGACCCUGUGGAAGGAAUCAGUCGACGGGCAGUGGGUGUGCAUCAGUGAUGUCAACAAGGGGCAGGGUUCUGUGUCCACCUCAGUCACAGAAGGCCAGCAGAAUGAGCAGUGACAAGACCAGAUCCCAGAACUGCCCCUUCCCAGGCCAGCUGACCAAACUGCGGGAACAGACAGAACCAGAGUGCUCCUUUGCCUUAGUAUGAUGUGAUAAGGUUUGUAAUGUUAGGUCUGGCUCAAAGUAUUCAUAUUAUGAAGAAAUGGUGAAUGAUAUUCAAAUAUAUUAUUAUUUUAAAUA